UCUCUAUCUACCACCAACAAAAAUGGCGAUCUCACUCACCUCGCUGCUCCUCUCCCUACCCCAGCAAUGGCCACCCGUGCUCCUAGCACUUGUCACUGUCCUUUCCCUCCUGCUGCUGACCAGGAGAAAAGGGCUGAAGCUGAAGCUGCCACCAGGCCCUGCCACGGUGCCCCUCCUGGGCAACCUGCACCAGCUCGGCCCGCUGCCGCACCGGGCCCUGCGAGACCUGGCGCGGGUCCACGGGCCGGUGAUGCAGCUGCAGCUGGGCAAGGCGCCGACGGUGGUGCUGUCGUCGGCGCAGGCGGCGUGGGAGGCGCUCAAGACUCACGACCUCGACUGCUGCACGCGGCCCGUGUCCGCGGGGACGAGGCGGCUGACCUAUGACCUCAAGAAUGUGGCGUUCGCGCCCUACGGCGCCUACUGGCGCGAGGUGCGCAAGCUUCUCACCGUCGAGCUCCUCAGCGCGCAACGCGUUAAGGCGGCAUGGUACGCACGCCAUGAGCAGGUGGAGAAACUGAUAAGCACCCUCAACCGCGCGGAAGGAAAGCCAGUGGCCCUGGAUGAGCACAUCUUGAGCCUCUCCGACGGUAUCAUCGGCACAGUGGCGUUUGGUAAUAUCUACGGAGGCGAUAAGUUCUCCCAAAAUAACAAUUUUCAGGAUGCGCUCGACGAUGUUAUGGAGAUGCUAUCUAGCUCUGGCUCCUCCGCUGAAGACUUGUUCCCAAUAGCUGUCGGCCGCCUCGUCGAUCGCCUUACCGGCUUCAUCGCCCGGCGCGAGCGGAUCUUCCUGCAGCUAGAUGCCUUCUUUGAGAUGGUCAUCGAGCAACACCUGGACCCUAACCGCGUGCUGCCUGAGAAUGGCGGCGACCUCAUUGAUGUCCUCAUCGACCUUUGGAAGAAGCCGCGUGGUGCAUUCAUCUUCACCAAGGACCAUGUCAAGGCCAUAAUCUUUUCGACUUUCGUUGCUGGCAUUGACACAAAUGCGGCGACCAUUGUGUGGGCAAUGUCAGAGCUAGUGCGGAAGCCACGCGUGCUCAAGAAGGUGCAGAACAGUAUCAGGGACGUGGUGGGAGACAACAAAAGUGUGCAAUCGGACGACAUUUCAAAACUCAGCUACCUGAGGAUGGUGGUGAAGGAGACCCUACGGCUGCACCCGCCGGGACCACUGCUAUUGCCGAGGGAGACCAUGCGACACAUACAAAUUGGUGGUUAUGACGUACCGGCCAAGACAAAGAUCUAUGUGAAUGCAUGGGCAAUUGGCAGAGACCCGGUAAGUUGGCCCGACGACCCAGAGGAGUUCAACCCUGAUAGGUUUGAAGCGAAUGAGAUAGACUUCAAGGGCGAGCAUCCUGAGCUGAUGCCAUUCGGCACGGGGCGCCGGAUAUGCCCAGGCAUGUCCAUGGCUGUGGCCACCAUCGAGUUUACACUCGCCAAUUUGCUCUUCAACUUCCAGUGGACACUUCCGGAGGGGACAACGGCGGACGAUGUGAACAUGGAGGAAGAAGGGAGGCUCAUCUUCCACCGCAAGACGCCACUAGUCCUCGUUCCCAAACCAUACCACCAAUGUCUUGAAUAAAAAGCGAGUGAUCACAAUUUGAAUAGGUGCAGUUGUCUGCACACCCUAGAAAGGUUGGUGCCAGCAGGACAAAAAGAAUUACUCAUUUAUGUAGCAAAUAAAUUUGGAGGCUAAUCCAAACCAAAUAAAAAUAGAAUAGUUUAUCAUUAUGUAUUGCUCGUGUAAAAUGUAAUGAAUUAUAAUGGCAUGUUCUUCGCCUUUUUGG